UCGCAGCCCUCCAUUCACCCUUUGUUUUUUGUUUGUUUGGCAAUUUCGAAACAAAAUGAUCUUUGGAGCCUCUGGAAUGUCCUAAGAUUUUGAACUAGGGCCUGAUCGGUGAGUAUCUGCAAUGCCCAGCAGGCAGGGGAAAAAAGUCAAAGUGCCAACAACCAAAUCACCCGACCAACAAAACACAGAAGUCGAGCUCUGAAGUGUUUCCACAGCAAAGGUUCUGCACUCUGGAGAGGACACGGUCCCUUCUCAGGGCUCCCGUGUUUGUCGAAGUCUUCAGCUAAUGAUGGCUGUACUUCUUUGUUCUGGAAAAUAUUUGUAGACCUACUGCCUCCCUACACCUUAAGGCAGCUUCACUUUCUUGGAUGCCGAACAGCACUCCUGUUCUGCACCAGGAGAGGCCCCCAGUUCCUCUGCGCGCUCCUUCACCCUCCUUGCUGCAGUCCCGGGGUGACACGCGGGGACCCUGACCUCUCACCUCCGGAGCACCUGGCUGCAGGCGGCUGGGGCAGGCAGCGCCCUUUGGAGCGGGGGCGGGCCUCGGGAGAAAGCGGAUAACCAAGAGCCCCCGCCGGCUCUGCUGCGACUUCUCUGCCGGGACAUGGAGCAGCCGGCGGCUUCCAAGGUGCUCAUGAGCCAGGCUGUCCAGCCUGCUCAUGCCGAUUCCCGCGGCGAGCUGAGCGCGGGGCAGCUGCUCAAGUGGAUGGACACCACGGCAUGCCUAGCGGCUGAAAAACAUGCUGGGAUUUCCUGUGUUACAGCCUCAAUGGAUGAUAUUCUGUUUGAAGAGACAGCUAGAAUUGGGCAAAUUGUUACCAUCAGAGCAAAAGUUACUAGAGCGUUCAGCACAAGCAUGGAGAUCAGUAUCAAGGUUAAAGUACAGGACAUGUUCACUGGCACUGAGAAACUUCUUAGUAUGGCUUUUUCUACAUUUGUAGCUAAACCAAUUGGGAACAAAAAGAUCCACUUAAAGCCUGUUGCACUUCUAACUGAGCAAGAUCAACUAGAACAUGCUCUGGCUUCUGAGAGAAGAAAAGUGCGGCUACAACAUGAAAACACCUUCAACAACUUAAUGGAGGAAUGCAGCAAGUUUGAUGAUCCUAUUUGUCACGAAGAGGAAGGAACUGCUACCACCGCAGGCACAUCUGUUCAGAGCAUUGAACUUGUCCUCCCACCCCAUGCAAACCAUCAUGGAAACACAUUUGGAGGCCAGAUUAUGGCAUGGAUGGAGACAGUAGCAACGAUUUCUGCAAGCCGCCUGUGUCAUGGGCAUCCUUUUCUAAAGUCUGUGGACAUGUUUAAGUUCCGGGGACCAUCUACAGUUGGGGACCGUCUUGUUUUCAAUGCCACUGUCAACAACACAUUUCAAAACAGUGUGGAAGUUGGAGUGCGAGUGGAGGCCUUUGACUGUCAGGAGUGGGCCCAGGGCCAAGGGCGCCACAUCAACAGCGCUUUUCUCAUUUACAACGCUGUUGAUGAUCAGGAGGAGCUCAUCACCUUCCCCAGAAUUCAACCCAUUUCAAAGGAUGAUUUUAGACGCUAUCAGGGAGCUAUUGCACGCAAGAGGAUUCGCCUGGGCAGGAAAUACGUUAUUUCUCACAAAAAAGAAGUUCCAUUCAGCACACUUUGGGAUAUAAGCAAGAAGGGAUCCCUAAGUAACAGCAAUGUGGAAGCUCUCAGAAGUCUGGCAACCAAAAGUGGUUGGGAGAUUAACACCACCUUGGAGAAAAUAAAAAUAUAUACUCUGGAAGAGCAAGAUGUCAUAUCUGUUAAGGUUGAAAAGCCUGUGAAUAGUCCAGCACACGUGGCUUAUCAUCUCCUGUCAGACUUUACAAAGCGACCUUUGUGGGACCCUCAUUACAUAUCCUGUGAAGUCAUAGACCAGGUGAGUGAGGAAGAUCAGAUAUAUUACAUCACCUGUUCUAUAGUAAAUGGUGACAGACCCAAAGACUUCGUAGUACUUGUAUCAGGAAGAAAGCCUCUCAAAGAUGAUAACACCUACACAGUGGCGAUGAAGUCAGUCACCCUGCCAUCAGUCCCGCCAUCUCCACAGUACAUCAGAAGCGAGGUUAUAUGCGCUGGGUUUCUCAUCCAGGCUAUUGACAGCAGUUCAUGCACUGUAUCGUACCUGAAUCAGAUGUCAGCUAGCAUCCUUCCUUACUUUGCCGGAAAUAUUGGUGGCUGGUCAAAAUCCAUUGAAGAAGCAGCAGCCUCUUGUAUAAAAUUCAUAGAGAAUGCUACUCAUGAUGGACUUAAAAGUGUAUUGUAGAUGGUCAACUCUUAAUUACCUGUAAUUUAAUUUCCCAGACUUAAUUCCAAGUGCCCUUAGCCCUACACUUGGCAACCCUGGGGCCACACAUUUAUUUAAUACCAGCCUAUGCAAAAUGUAGUUAUGAAGAUGUUAAAACCAAGAUGCAUCUCAAGUUGGAUCCCAGUUCUUUGGCUUCAAAUGAUAAUAACUUAAAAAAUCUAUUGUAGAAGAUCCAUAGUUCUUCUCCUCCAGGGGCACAGACACCAGAGAAUUGCCUGGUUGCAAUCUUGCAUGAUCUAUAAAAUGGUACAGAAGCCAGGUGUGGUGGUGCAUGCCUGUAGUCCCAGCACUUGGGAGGCAGAGGCAGGCAGAUCUCUGUGAGUUCA